ACCCCACACGAGUACAUGAUGUCAAUAUACAGGACUUACUCUGCAGCCGAGAAACUUGGACUAAACGCCAGUCUGUUCAGCGCAACAAAGUCUGCCAACACGAUCACAAGUUUCGUGGACAGAGCAGAAGAUGAUCUCUUGCAUUCAUACUUAAGAAAACAAAAAUAUUUGUUUGAUGUGGCAACUUUAUCGGAUAAAGAGGAAUUAGUAGGAGCUGAACUGAGGAUACUGAGGAAAACGCCUGGGCAGUUUCACAAGACAUUGACAGGUCUGUACCACAUCAAAUUGUACUCCUGCCGGACCGAGGGACAAUCACCCAAACUAUUGCAGUCUCGAACUCUUGAUAUCUACGAUUCAAGCAGACACAGAUGGGAAGUUUUUGAUGUCUGGGAGACUUUAAGACGUUUGCACCCCGCCCAGCUGUGCUUUGAGUUCAGGGGGACAUCGGGCAAAAGCGAACAUGACAUUGACCUGAGGCGCCUGGGGUUUGGCCGCAAGGGGAGGGAACCUCAAGAAAGGGCCCUUCUGGUGGUCUUCACCAAAACGCGGAAAAGAGAAAAUCUCUUCAGCGAGAUGAACGAAAAGAUCAAGUCGUCGGAAGGCGCUGACGAGGAAGACAAGCUUCAGUUCAAAGCUAGGAGGAAGAGAAGGACCGCUUUCUCAAAUCGCCAUGGGAAGAGACAUGGGAAGAAGUCCAAGUCUCGCUGCAGUAAAAAGCCUCUACACGUGAACUUCAAAGAGUUGGGUUGGGAUGACUGGAUAAUAGCUCCCCUGGAUUAUGAGGCCUAUCAUUGUGAGGGAGUGUGCGACUUCCCUCUCAGAUCCCACUUAGAACCUACAAACCACGCUAUUAUCCAGACCCUUAUGAAUUCCAUGGACCCUAACUCCACUCCUCCCAGUUGCUGUGUGCCCACCAAAUUGAGUCCCAUCAGCAUCUUGUACAUCGACGCAGGCAACAACGUUGUGUAUAAACAAUACGAGGAUAUGGUGGUGGAGUCGUGUGGGUGCAGGUAGCGAAUUGUCCUUCGUUUCAGAAGUUGUGAGACUAUCAGAUGCAAAUUUGAGGACACUUAGAGGGCUGGUCGGCUCAAGGGGGAGGGGGGCAUAUGCUAUUUAGAAUAUAUUCAAAUAGCUGAGUUACACAUUGGUCCCUAUGCGUAACAAACAGAGGAAGAGAGCGGAUGAGAUGGAGACAGAGGAAGAGAGAGA